GCUCAGGCCGCUGCAGAUCCAGGAGUGCUGCUGUCUCCCAGACGGCUGCUCAGGAGGUUGGGACACGCGGCUCUGGUGACGGCGCUCAGGAACCGCUGCCAAACCCAAACCAGCCACUGAGCCAAGAGCUGCCUGGAUACAUCGCACCUCUGCCUUCAGAGUUGGCCGUUUCUGUGUCCACAGAUCAGCCUCACAGGAAGAGGAAGUGGCAGAGCGGCAGCCAGGAGGAUGAGCGUCCGUCCCCCUCAUACAGAAGACCUGCCAAACGCUCCCGCAGAGAAGCGUAUGUGAAGGGCCCAUUGCUGGGGCGAGGCGGAUUCGGCUCUGUGUAUGCUGGGACCCGCAGGUCUGAUGGACUGCCAGUUGCCAUCAAGUAUGUCUCUAAAAGAGGAACACUGAGACUGAGAGUUGAAGGUCAGGGUCGGCUGCCGCUGGAGGUGGCGUUGAUGACCCUGGUUAAUUCGGCUCCUGCCUGCCCCAACGUCCUGCAGCUGCUGGAGUGGUUUGACCGUCCCGGACGCUACACCAUGAUCCUGGA